UGCUCCCUGCAGCCCACCGAGACCGAGCGCUGCAUCGAGUCCCUCCUGGCCGUCUUCCAGCGCUACGCAGGGAGGGAUGGGAACAGCUGCACCCUGUCCAAGAGGGAGUUCCUGGCCUUCAUGAACACUGAGCUGGCUGCUUUCACCAAGAACCAGAAGGACCCAGCUGUGGUGGACAGGAUGAUGAAGAAGCUGGACCUGAACAGCGACGGGCAGCUGGACUUCCAGGAGUUCCUCAACCUCAUCGGGGGCAUAGCAGUGGCCUGCCACAACAGCCUGCUGGUCAGCAGCCCUGCCCCCUGA